AUGUUGCUCCGCUUGCUUCUUUUGAGUGCCGCCAUUGUGGGGGCUCUCGGCGUUUCCAUUCCCGACGUGGAAGAUUGUGGUAAGUCUUACUGGCGAUUUUAACAAUAUAUCUGCGAAGAUGACACAGCCUUGUAAGCCCAGUAAGCUUAGCUCAGGGGCACGGACGUUCUUAACGGCUUCUGUAGAGUUGCGACCCUUCUACGCUCUAGCAGGCAGCGCGUGGCUUGAUUUUUUCAUCGUUAAAAGUAGAUACUUCCACGGCUCAAAAACGGACUCGUAUCAAAUGAACUGAAAUUGGGCGGCUUUUAGGUCAUCGGCUCAGUUAAAGGAUUUGAGUGCCGACCACUCGUCAGGCGACGCAACAGAGGGGUCGUGUUGUUUGUGAACCAAAGUCGUGUUUGUACGCAAUUUAAUUCAGCUUCACUCCGACGAAGCACUCUGUGAACAGUAGACAUCAAUGGAAUGUUUGGACUGGGGCUAUCACACGGCUUUCACUUUUUUAUAGCUAGAAGGUGUCCCUUUCCACUUUUUUAACGGACGAAUGGGGGUUUUCAUUUGAAGAGGACUCCACGCGAAAAUUCGCCAUUAACAAAUACCCCCUGAAGGACUGGGGUUGGUAAGAUGUGGCUUGGUAGCCCCACCUGAUGGACACAGUACUGUCGGGAUUGAGGUAAGGGGUUAGGGUUAAGGGUUUAGGAUCAGGGGUUAUAGUUAGGGGUUAGCGCAACUAUUUAUCAACCAUUCAAAGUACAGCCGCGCAUUCCCAAUAGCCUUUCUUUAGCAUACAACUACUUGACCUCGUCGCCUGUGCGUUCCCCGACCCCACCUAUAAAAAUCCCCUAUUACUACCGAUCCCGUAUUAGAGGUGACUGGGGUUUGUUUACUUCAGGUGGAGCUACAUAACCACAUCCGACCCUGGGGUUUUCACUGGAUGGCAGCAAUCCACAACUUGAAAUGUUUGUGUAGGUGUAAUCUAAUCAGAGGUCACUGGAUGGGGUGGUGGUGACGACGACGACGACGAUGAUGAUGAUGAUGAUGAUGAUGAUGAUGAUGACGAUGAUGAUGAUGAUGAUGAUGAUGAUGAUGAUGAUGAUGAUGAUGAUGAUGAUGAUGACGACGACGAUGGUGAUGAUGACGACAACCACGAUUGUGAUGGCGGUUUUGGUCGUAGUGGUGGAAGACACCAUGCGAUACGACCGCGUCGAAGCCAGCUACGUAUGUAUUUCAGCAGAGUUUUCCACCAGUAAAUUUUGCAGAGAUUUGCUAUCCAGCAAACGUUAAUACUUCUCCGGUGAUUCUCUUUCAGGAUCCAAAUCAGGCACUUUUUCCGCGGUGGAUGUUACCCCCUGCGACAGUAACCCCUGCACUCUGUACAAGGGCUCCUACGCCAAUUUGACCAUUACAUUCAAAGCAGGUAAGCGACCAUUGCCAUUCCUUUAAUGAGCACUGUCAUGCGAUCUUCAUUUAACAGUCCUUUUCCCCUCAAUUCUGAGGUAUUUGGAAUGGGGUAAAUGCGCAUGGUUACAUUCGGAAGGCCACUUAGCACAUAUAUGCAUGUUUUUAAUGAAUACUCAUUAAAGCGGCGGCUGGAGUACAGAGCUUAAAGGGGGAUAGAUAGACUAAAUACAGUCACUUAUUCUGGUUUUUCAGUUCAUAUGAAGAAAGGGAGCAAGUGGGUGGGUAGUCCGUUUGAUGAAAGGUUCUGGGCAAUUAGCUUACCUCAGUUUUCAUGCGGUUAUCCGGCCAACUAGAUUUGGACCACAGCUACCGCAGAGUCUGAACGAGUGCCGUGUGCGCAGGGCCAGUUUGUUAAGCCUGCAAAUAGGCUUCAUCGUAUUUUAAUCUGGUAACUCACCAGCACUCAAUAGCUUAUUUGGAUGGCUUGCCUGCCGUCCUCGUUAGUGACCAAUGUCUACAAGGCGCGCUAGGAUGCAGUGGUGUAUUGUACGAUUUCCUCCAUCCUCCAGGUCCGUUGGCCGUUUUUACUGUCGCGUAUUCAUUCAAACAAUAUGGCUUGCCCCACAAGAACGCUUAUGAUUGCAAAUUAUCUUCGCAUCAGGGCCAUAGAAUCGGGUUUGUGCAGAAAACUGUAUAUUCCCGAACGCAACCGACAGGACAACGAGCCCGUGGCUCAGUGAUUAGAGGCGUUGGACUUCUAACCAACAGGUCACGGGAUCGAGCCCCAGAUGUUCCACACUUCGGAGUUGGGUAUGACUGGCUGACGAUGACUAAUAAACCAGAAAUGACCAUUCCAGCCCCCUUUGCCUACGUUUCGCGCCGUUGUGCGGCUGCUAGUUAAGCUCGAGAGAGAGAGAGAGAGCCCCAAGGCACAAGGGGACGAGUAAGUUUCGUAACACGGUCGAUGAGCGCCCCUCUACCAGAAGAACGUAUUCCUGACCGAAUUGGCAUGAUGAUGUACUUAAAACGUAUGUAUGCAAACUAUUCCCCCUAAGUCGAGACUAAUAAGCAGUCAGGAAGUAAGAUUUCAAUCACAGUUUCUAUUUCAUCUGGAAUUUUCGCAUAAGUUAACUAAAUCUUUUCAGCGCUCCGUGGUGAGAGGUGUGCUUAAAAGAUGGCAGGGAUCGAACGGACCGAAAACCUUUCAGUUGCAUCAAUGUUCGGCUUUCGAUGUCUGGUCGUGAAACAGUGUUAUUCGAAACGGGGAAGAAGGAGGCUUCCCCGCCGUUGGUUGAACUGCGCUGAGUCCGCUUAAGACAUUAAUUACUGCCCUGCACGCGCGUGGCACGAGCUGUGAAGCCACAAUAUCUGUUUACCUCUUGGUGUCUCCACUGACAGUACUGGCGAAACCCAGAAUACCAAUCCUGGAGGAGCGGUCAGUUCGUUCGUCAGUUAUUUUAAAAUACCCUUCGACUGGCCUGCUUCGAGUCUAACUGGUGUCAUGGACUUGGUGGAAUUUCGAGUAGAUUGGUUAGGCCGGGAGAACAGAAACAGUACUAAGUCGUGGAUGACCGAGCAUACACCAGCAGUGUGGAGAACUUGCGCCAACUCAGAGGUUACGGUCCACAUGGCAGGACCCGACCGAAAUCUCCUCAAGAGGUGACAACUGCAUGCGUAGCCUGGGUCAUGGUCCUCAGGCAUGUAAUCCACCAACGAACGCUAUGUCUUUUCAACCUUCCUAUUCACUGCUGCGGCUUCUUGUAGUAAGUCAUGUCAGGAGAGCGCAGAUGAAAUCUGCCUGUGGUAGCACCACCGGUGAACCAAUGUGCGCCAGUGAUCGUACUUAAGUCACGGCAACUAACCUCUCUGAUGUGGAUGCACAAGCCAUUAUCGUACCAGGUACGAACAUCGGUAAUGAACGCGGAAGUUACCAACUUUCAUUUUGACCCAAAUGUGAAAAAGUCGGAGACCUCGGUGGGAUUCGAACCCACGACAGCAAGAAGAAGGCUUGAAUACAGCCAACAGCCUAGCAACCUGAGCUACGAGGAUCUACCAGGGGACCGUGAGUUUAAUCAAAUUUGGGUCAAAUUACCUGUCAAGUCUAAUAAAGUAAACUGACCGCCCAAGCAUGAUCUCCUAAGUAAUUAAUGUAGGAUACACCAGGUGACUACCAAGCUUACGUAAUUAAUAGGAGUUUUGGCCGAUUUUGAACAAUCCAUUUUUACCCAACUGUGAAAAACCCGGUGACCAAGAUUUGGUGGAUUGCGUACAUUGCACUAGGGUGGACAGGUAACUUGACCUAAGUGUGGUUAAACUCACGGCUUCCCGAUGGGGCCUCGUACCUAAGGUUAUUAGAGCGUUAACUGUACUCAAGUCUUCCCCUUGCUGUCAUGGGUUCGCAUCCCACCGAGGUCGAGUUUUUCGCAGAUGGGUCAAAAUGAAUUAUUCAGAUCUGCUACAACACCUAUUACCCACUAACUUUAUUAGGUUUCUAGUUGCAUAGCCAUCACAUUCUAUAAAUACUGCAUACAUGUGCAUCCACCGUUUCUAUCUACUGCACUAUUUGUUGAUGGGUCCGAAAGGCCGAGACGUUCACCGAUUAACGUUCUUUCUCCAGCCAUCAAGUCUUACCUCGUCCGUUCACACAUCAGCAAUUACUCUGGGAGCUGUAGGCUUUGUUCGGCCCGGAGAAGAAAAAACUGGACUUUAACAAGCCUUACUAAUCAAGGUUACUAUCUGAUUGGCUGGUUAGGAUCAGCCCGACAUACUUCAUCGCACACUUGGUGCAUAGUUUUCUAUCUACCCAACCUCUCCCCACAUUGUGGAGUGGACUGCGGUCCGAGUACACAUUACUGGCCAGACUGUAUCCCCGCUUUCCUUUCCUUGGUAUUGUAGAUCACGCCGUGAAGAGCGGGAAGGCCAGUGUUCACGGGAUCAUUGCGGGUGUCCCGAUACCCUUUCCAAUUCCAGACAAUGAUCUCUGCAAGUUCGCCAGUCCGUCGUGUCCACUUGAUGCUGGAACAACGUACACGUACAUGUACAGCCUGGAGGUGAAGAAGACCUAUCCUUCGGUAAGUGCAAUUUCGGGGAGAUGAUGGCUUUCGUUUACCUCCUCUACUUCUGUCAGACUUAUUAUUCGUAGAUUUUCGUGACAACGAUUAAUUGAUUCAAUAACGCGUCAGUGCAUUUGCAACGGCACUCCGGAAAGCAGUGUGUCACGGAAUACAUUAAAACAAUUGCCACUUACUACCGAUGGGUGCAAUUCAAACGCAUUUUCAUGGAAUGUCUAACUACUCUUCGUAGUUUCAGGAAAGUGUCACUCUUAAUACGGCGGUGUCGUGAAAUGCAACCAUCGACUUUCAAACUCGUCAGGCGCAGACACAAACUGUAGCUUCUGUCCGCCAGUGCCAAGCAGCAAGCGUUCGUGGAUCGUGAGCCAUAGACAAGUAAGUUUUGAGAUGCGGCAGACACAAGGUUCGUAGGAUGUGAAACAGGAUGCCGUUAGAAUUUUCACCCUCUGGUCGUCUCACGACUUGUCAAGUCGUCGUCUGUCCUUAGGCAACGAGAACCGCCACUGUCGCGAGGGCUCAGUUGGGACUUGCGCAUGCAUUGAAUUACAUUUAGAGAGGCCUGAGUUUCAUCCAUCUUAUCGGUUCCUAGUCCAUGCACCGUCUCACGGCUUAAUCGAUAGCGUACCUGCGCUUGCGUGAAUCCAGAUUACAGGGGCCGGGCCAGGCACCGGCGCACCUGAGCAGAGUGGCCAGUUCCUUAGAAAAUUUCGAAUUUGGGUAUCAUCUCUGUCAAAUACUCCUACUUUGGUGUUAUCUCUGCUCACUUGAGACUGCAUUCAGGCUUCAGUCAGUUCAGGGAGGCAGUGUGCAUGCAGAGUUAGGUUGUGUGUACGAUUGCGCACAAUCUGCAUAACAAGCCUCUCUUGUGUAAACUUUGGUCCCGGACGCAUUUGCCCUUUGGUCGGUUGCGUUCAUUGGACGGGGCGUUUCGUGUGCUGGAGAAAAGCAGUUCAGUGUUGGCCAUAAAAGGGGAAACCCAGAGACAUCUAGUCCUUUCAGGCUGCAUAUAUCUGAAAAGAACAUUGGAAAGACAGGGCAGAUGAAGCGCAUUUGGACCUUACUUCCUUAGGACUAAGAUGCAGGGUGUUAAGUUGUUGCCAAAGGUGGAGUGGAAACAUGCGACCUAACUACGCAAUAGGUUCGCUAUCUCAUUAUCAAUUCGAAAAGGUUACCUAAGUGGCGUUGUCAUAUAAACAAUUUCAAAAUAAUUAAUUCACAUCAAGAUGCCGGCUUCCAAACCUAUGUGUCUAACUUAAGUAGUCAGAGUCCUCUGUUUACGAUAAAUGUUAGUCUGGCUGUCCAUUUCACCAAACCAGUUAAAACCCCUGGUAUUAAGCCGUCGCCACGUUCGUUGAAACAAAGACACUUUUGUGGUUCACGGCCAAGUUAUCGGCACAGAUUCAAAAGCCAAUUCGGAUCGGUCUGUGGCUGUGCCCUCUCAUCAAGUCGCUAGAUGAGUUCGUCUAGUAAAGAUACAAGAUCAUCCGAGAAAAGAGCAGCUAUGAAUUCCUACAGUUCUGCAGACAGUCUCGGACUUAUCCCUCCGAAGAGAUAGCCUGCGCCCCGCACUGGAAGAUCUUAUCGAAGAAAAAGGUAAAAUCGCUACUCGAAAAACAAAUAGUAGACCAGAACAUGACUGCAUAUCUUAGGCCGGUAGGUUAACAUAUCCCCAGCCUAUAAGGGUUGCCGAAACUGCACAAGCCAGGGGUAUCGUUAUGAAAAGUGUUAUCAAUAAGGAAUUCACUGUAGCAUAAACUCGCCCCGUGGCUAGUUCAAUAAAUCGAACCAAUCAGACGCAACUUUGCUGCUUGCACCACCAAAGAUACUUUCUCAUUCGUCGAUGAGCUGAAGAAUCGAGAUUUACCGAAUAGGCAUAUGAUCUCGCUUGACGCGCAGAGCCUGUUUACAAACUUGCCACUGGAAAAACCCUCGACAUAAUUUGCGAGCAUGCGGCUGAAACAUGUCUGGCACCUGCACAACUGCGACAACUACUACAGACACGCACAAAGAAUGUGCAGUUCUUGUCCAACGGACAAUUUUAUCGACAGAUCGACGGUGUAGCUAUGAGCGGCCCAUCGGGGCCAGUCCUAGAGGACAUUUUCAUGUCAAUUCUCGAACGAAAAUUAGCUCAAAACUUACAGCAAACCGCAUUCUAUAGGCAAUAUGUGAAUGAGAUUUUCGCCAUAGUCAAAAAUCCAAGAGACGGAGAAUUACUCAUUAGGGCCAUGAACAGAGCACAUGCAAAGAUCAAAUUCACAAUCGAGCAUGAGAAAAACGACACGCUGCCUUCCUUAGACGCUUUUGUACGCAGGCGAGCAGAUGGUACCAUUCAGAGAUCCAUCUGUCGAAAAAACACCUGGAGAGGUAUAUGCAUUUCCUCAGUUUUGUUCCAAUUCAGAGAAAACUAAACUUAGUCUCUUCAAUAGAGCGACUAGGAUCUGUUCCCCAGAUACUAUCGAUGACUAAUUCAGUUUCCUAAAGAACGUUUUUAUUGGAAACGGGUAUCCGGAGAAGUUCAUUGAUACGUAUCGCCAUUCCAGUCAAGGAAAUCCUGUGGAAAUACCCGUGCCGAAGAAGCCGGUGAGCAUCUAUCUACCUUUAAAAGGCGAUAAUGUGUCAAAUGUGAUCAAGCGACGACUUCGGUGCACGAUUGAACGGACGUACAUCGCCUUUAAAUUGUUGUUAGUGAGCAUUACAACGGCUAUUCCUGUCAGAAAUUUGGCCGAUGCACGUCACAUCACACUUUAUUUGAGUUAACACCUAGUUGUAGAUGCAAAUACAUUGGGCGCAAGCUAAGGCAGUUCGGUCAGCUGAACACAUGUCCUAAAGUGGCUGCUAAGGGUGGUAAAUAAGGCACCCAGGAGUUCAAUCACGAAGCACCUAGUGGACAAGGGCCACACGGUGAACCCAAUGACUGCAUUUAAGAUCUUACUUCGGGCGACGACUGGGCGUCUCCUGUGUUUUGCCGAGGCCCCUGCAAUACGGAGGGAAAAACCGAAACUCUGUAAGCAGCUAGAUCACGUGAUCGACCUCGCACUGUCACGAUAAGGAUCGAGAAUGGCAUAACCCCAUUCCCAUACUCGUUUUCUCAUUCCUCCCCCUCUCGCAUGACUGACUGCCGUCCGCUCGUUGAGUUUUAUUUCCGUCUGACAUACUUUCGCCGUAAUGUAAACUCGUUUUCUCAGAUAACUUUCCUCCCCCUCGCCAUGCGCACCCGUAUAUCAGACCAACAAUCCAUGUUUUAUUUAGCUGCCAUGUUUCAUCCCUCUAGGCCGAUCUCCGAUUAAACAGUUUACCUUAUAGAUACGCAACGGCCGUGUGCAGUUGAAUAAGACGUCGCGAAAUUUAAUGACGUCAAUAAAUUCCUCAUGUUUCGUCGCCUUUGUCUUGUUCGAACCAGAAGUGAUCAGUCCAGUCCCCUGUAUUUAUUCUUCACUACCAGUUGUCUGGAUGCACCUCAGUGCAGAGCUCACUUCUGCCCACGAAGUGUGUUUUGGUUGGUUAAGGGGAAGGAUAUCGGGGUUAAAACACUGUUUCUGCAUUUUUAGUGACUUGUAGUGUGGUUUACGGAAUUUUGAAGACAAGAUAGCCUUUGAUUUUAUAAAUAAACUGGCCUUAUGCACCUUUUUUCUCCUUCUUCUCACCCCAUGCCACCAGAUUUCGCUACAUAUUAGAUGGGAACUAAAAGAGGAUGACGGUGACUUCCACAUUUGUGUGCAGUUUCCAGCCAAACUCGCCCUCAGCACACCUACAUUCUCUAAACGCCGCGAGAUCACCCUUCAGCCGAAGCGGCCAUACCUCCUAGACAGGCUGAGGGAGACCUGGAAACGGUGGUUUGCUGAGUUCUACUGA